AAGUUUCUGCAGUUUGUCCAAAUACAUUGAUUAUUUUUCUAACAACUUUUGCAACAGGUGUAAAAGCUUCGGAUAUUGAAAAAUAUUUAAUUACAUAUUUGUUUGUGACUACCUAUAUGCCACCUUGAUAGAGGAUUUGUUCCUUGGUUAAGUUCUUACUUUCAAUCACAAUGUUCUAGAAAGUAGAGCUUAAAAUGCCCUUAUGUACUACCUUUUUUUGUGUUAUUUGCAAAGAUUUCUGGUUUGGUUGUUAAUCUGUUUUGUCUUUGAUAUGAAGCAGGGAAACUGAAACCAUGGAUAAAAUACUACCUUCCUCUCAGGUUGAUAACAGACAGGGUGAAAAGCCAAAGAAGAAAAGGAAAGAACGGUCUAAGGAGGAGGUGCAUCUGGUUGCUACUGAUUCUUACCAUAACAAUCUUGUUAAUCUGCACACGGUUAAUGAGGAUGUUAAUAUUUCAGACAACGUUGCAUUGCCUUCUGCUGAGUCGGAUCCUAAAAAGAGUAGAACAAAGAGGAAAAAGAAAGGACAGGCAAACAACAGUGACAAUGGCUUUCAUGAAGAUAUCAUCCAAGAGGACAAAGCCAACAGAGAUGCAGCAGAGUCCCAGAAUCUGAUUCAUAAUUCUUUUGAAGAUAAAGAGCAGCAUCAGAAGCUAACUAAUGAGAAGUACAUGCUUUAAUUCUAAAAUUGAACUGGUGACAGAAUUAAUUUUAUUAAAAAAACCUGUCAAACUAGUGAACAUUGAACAAGUUUAAACAUUUCCAAGACUAUCUGGGUAGUUAUAUCAAUGCUGACUGACUUGAAUUGGUUCAAUUUUUUUAUGCUUUGUUAAAGCAUCUAUAAAAUAUCCUUGUUCCUUUUAA